AUGCAGUUUCCCAUGGGCCCUGCCUGCAUCUUCUUGAGGAAAGGCAUUGCUGAGAAGCAGCGGGAGAGACCACUGGGACAGGACGAGAUUGAUGAGCUCCGGGAAGCAUUUCUUGAAUUUGACAAGGACCGAGAUGGAUUCAUCUCUUACAAGGAUUUGGGCAAUCUCAUGAGGACAAUGGGUUACAUGCCUACGGAGAUGGAGUUGACUGAGUUGGGCCAGCAAAUCCGGAUGAACCUCGGUGGCCGUGUAGACUUUGAAGACUUUGUGGAGCUGAUGACCCCCAAAUUACUUGCAGAGACAGCAGGGAUGAUUGGUGUCCAGGAGAUGCGAGAUGCCUUCAAGGAGUUUGAUGCCAAUGGAGAUGGAGAGAUCACACUGGCCGAGCUGCAGCAGGCCAUGCAGAGGCUGCUGGGGGAGAAGCUCACACCUAGGGAGAUUUCGGAGGUGGUCCAGGAGGCUGACAUCAAUGGAGAUGGCACUGUUGACUUUGAAGAGUUUGUGAAGAUGAUGUCUCGUUGA